AUGGCAUCCCAGCCACACCCGCCGCAAGGUCGUGGUGCUUGGCCCAGCGUGGGACCUAGCUACCCAGGCAAUGGAUCACAAUCGUUCGGGCAGGGCAGAGGCAGAGGCAGAGACCCAUCAUCUUCCAUAGCAUCCAGUCAGCAGCCAUGCCCAUACCGCACCUCGUCCCCCCUCAACCUCACCCUCCACCGAGCAGAUCGACACCUCAUCUACCCGCCAGGAGGCAAAGCAGAGCUAGAGCGAAUCGACCCUUUACUCAUCGAAGAAAGGAAAGAGGCCCAAAGGAGAGCUCGGAAGGCAGGACAGUCCGCCUCUUCGCAGACCGAAUCCUCAGAGUCAGUUAUGGAAACCAUCCCCGGCCUGAACAUCUCUCUCUCUACCCCCGAGCUGAGGAAGAAGCGUUGGCCAAGCGAUAAGGUCGUCGCCGAGAAGAGGGCAGAGGCUUGGGACGAUGCUUCGAGAGGAGGCAUAUCGAGACCUAGACCUCAGCAAAAGCAGCAGGCUCCGGUGAAAGGGUCAGACGCCACGAACACUGGGACCAAGAGGAAGCAUGGCGAUGUGAACGAUUCCGGUAGCUCGGACGACUCAUCAGAUGAUGAUGAAGAUUCGAGUGACAGCGAAUCGGACUCGGAUGGGGCACCUUCAGAGCACGGCAUCUCUGCGCCAGCAGAUCAAGACCAUCAAGAUCAAGCUCCACAGGCAUCGACAUCCACUCCAGCAGGCCCACCCGUCUGCCGCUUCUACCUGCAAGGCCGCUGCAACUUUGGCAAUCAAUGCAAGCAGUCCCACUCACAGCCAGCCACAACAGGUGGCCACUCUUCAGCAGCAGCAGCCUCAACCUCUCGCCCUCGGCCACGCCCGCGCAACCCACCACCCAACCCAUUCGAGCCACGCAACCUGCUCCACGCUCUCCUCAAGAAGGAGAUAGCGCAACAUGUCUCAACUGUUGCCCAAGUCGUGCGCUUCCUUGUGCGCAACAACUUCCUGAAGGACGUUGAACUGGAGGCGGGUCAGGCUGAGGAGCAGAGGAGGAGGAGGGGAAGAGUGGUUGAGAUCGGCAAGACCGAGGACACAGCGAUCAUGUCUGCUCCGCAAGAAGACGACGGCAAGCCAGCACCACGCGCUCUCUACCGGGCUCGCUCGCCCUCCCUUACCCCGCUCACAACACUUCACUACCCGCCCGAGCCCGACCCACUCAUCUUUCUCGAUCCUCUCCGCCGGGACGACCCCAAACCUCUCACGCGACCGCAAGUCGUCGCUCUAGCCUCGGACGUACAGCUGCGCAACAUUCUUCGACCACCAUCCACUGCUUUUCCCCUCGGCGAGGCAAGACCUGGCCUAGAGCGAGCUCUCAGCACCUUGGACAGUCUACCAAGUGAUGCCCAUCGCUCUGCAGCCUUAGAGCUCAUCCUUGGCGUCAGUCCUCAAACACCCGUCCACCCGCACCAAAUCGGCACCACCUUUGUUCCUCCCUCCACAACGCCCUCAUCGUCAGGCGGUAGGUUCAUAGGUGAAGUCGAGCUCUUCCGCCUCGGCUUGCGAUGCGGUCCCUCCGAGCAGGAGGCGAUACAGCGGUUGGCAAAGAGGAUCAGUGAGGUAACGGAGGGACCGGAAUUUGAUGUUGAGCCUAGAGGACGCAAGUGGGAGAAGGAGGCGGACAGAAGAGAUAUGCUCAGGAGGUUGGGGUUGGAUGUUGAUUGA